AUACUCGCGUCACGCGGUCUCGAGUCGUCCAACGAUCGACGAGACGAAGAAGGCCCCCACAAAUUCAGUGUGUGCCCGAGAGAAGAAGUCAGUGACUCUGAACUGUCUCUCUCGAUCUCUCAAUCUAUCUCACUUAAUCCCUCUACACCCGUCAGAACAUCAUUGUGUGCUCCAUGUGCGACCAGUGAAUCAGCCGGUGUUUUUCGGGUCUCCAUUUGCCCCGUCUUUUUUUUUUUUUUUUUUUCUUGUAAAUCUCUCUCGUUUGACGCUUCUCCUCUGCUCCCGCCCCCUCCCCGGAUCUCACGGCUGCUCUCGGAAUCUCGAGAGCACCACGGCUACAUUUAUGGGGGUGUCCGGAGAGUGCGCGGUCAAGGGCAGUAAGAGCCACCCCUGUCACUGCUGCAGCAACCUCGCCAGUUCCGGCGCGAGCCUGCAACAACAGCAGCAGCAUCAUCAUCACCACCACCAUCAUCAUCAUCAUCACGAGGCGCACUACGCGCACCACCAGCACCAUCAUCACCACCCCGAGAACGGAAAGAAAAACCUCACCGGCGAGCUGCAGCAGCAGAACAACAACGGGGACAGCAACAUACUGGCACCCCUGCGCAACAAGAUGAAGGUGCUCAAGAAACUCAAGCGCAAGAUGGGCCUAGCACCAAGAUCGUCCAGUGCGGGUACCAACAAUCUACCACCGCUGACGUUCCAUCAGGUUCAUGGUGACAAUAUCACACUCUGCAAUGGCGGGACCAUCGCCAGAAGACACGAAAGCUUCUGCAAGGGCAUCACGUUCAGCGCGAGGCCCGUACGCGUUGGCGAAAAGGUGUGCGUGAAGUUCCUCGAGAUCUCAGACAACUGGAGCGGCGUGAUACGGUUCGGUUUCACGAGCAACGACCCGACCAACCUGAGAAAUGGUCUGCCCAGGUACGCCUGUCCAGACCUGACAAAUAAACCUGGCUACUGGGCGAAGGCCCUAGCCGAGAGGCUGGCUGACAGGGACGCGGUGCUGUUCUACUACGUGACGUCCGCCGGCGAUGUGCACUUUGGCGUAAACGGCGAGGAAAAGGGCCUGUUCUUCAGCGGCGUAGAAACACGCGGCCCAUUGUGGACGAUCAUCGAUGUGUACGGCAACAGCACCGCCAUCGAGUUCGUCGAUCCCAACAGACAACACUUCAACAACAUCAGGAGAGGCGCCGAACACAGCAACGAGGACAAUGCGCAGCACAGUAGGCACUCGGCUAUGGACGACGCCUGCAACACUGGCAGAGACCUCGAAAGGAUCAUCCUUCCGUCCAUGCAGAGCAUGUCGAUCCAUCACGAGCCCGAUGUCGAGCUGCCUGGACUCAGGUUUCAACCGGCCGGCGUCAUCUUCACACCGUUACCUUUCCACCCAACUCGAGGCAGGAACAUCCGCUUCAGCAACCAGCAGUGCGUGGCGACGCGCACCGACACGGAAUUCUGUCACGGCUACGCGUUCACGGGUCGGCCGUUGCUGUUGGGCGAGCGACUGGUGGUGCAGAUCCUCGCCACAGAACCGAUAUACGUCGGUGCCCUGGCGCUGGGUCUGACUUCCUGCGACCCCGCGCGCCUCACCGCCGGAGACCUGCCGGACGACAGCGAUCUUCUGCUGGAUCGUCCGGAGUACUGGGUGGUCUCUAAGGACGUGGCCUCCAGCCCUCAACAUGGCGACGAGAUAGCAUUCACGGUGACUCACUUCGGUGAGGUCCAAAUGAGCAAGAACGGCGGCCCGCCGAACGUGGUGAUGCACAUCGACCAGAGUCUGCAGCUUUGGGCGUUCGUCGACGUGUACGGCAGUACCCAGCGGGUCAGAAUGCUGGCCAGCAGGCCCACGUCGCCACCGCGACAACGGCAAAGCAACUCUUCUCCGGCCAUCAUCGUUCAGCAGCAGCAGCAACAACAGCAACAAUACUCGAAUCACAGCAACGCGGCCACCGAGCUCUCUAGAUUCUCUGAAGUGGUUCAGUUCAAGCCUGCCGUGGGCGGCAGUACGGUUCUCGUGGUGAAUCUGCCGCCUCAAACCAGCUGCCCCACGCCGCCUUCGUCCACGCCACAGCCUACUUACGCAUCCGCGGGGCACAGAAACCCUCAUCUGCACCUGCCACCUAGCUCACUAGCGUCCACGUCGCAUCCAGGAUCUUCCAGACAGACCUCGGCACCGUUGACCGGCACCAUGGCCAGCACAGGUUCGUCCACAUACGUGGAGCCAGUCAACUAUCAGAGUUUAGAGGGGACGCUCACGUCCCAGGCGUCGUCGCACUUGCAACGGUGGAGCGAGGGCCUCCAGUCUACGCCCGGUCAGCCUAGCGAGUGCUCGAUCUGCUACGAGAGGAGCAUCGAUAGCGUCCUGUACAUGUGCGGACACAUGUGUAUGUGUUAUGCAUGCGCCACCCAGCAGUGGUGCGGCAAGGGUGGUGGACUCUGCCCGCUCUGCAGGGCGCCCAUCAGGGACGUGAUUCGUAUUUACAGAUCCUGAACAGCGGUACAGGGUCUGCGCGGAAGGAACAGUUCCAAGGGCUGAUGUCUCCUGAUUCGUUAAACUCGUCUCCUCCACGAAUAGGCAAAACAACCCGUGCUUAGCUCGUGGAUCACUGUCACGGCGUGGGUACGGCCGAUCGACCGGUCUGUUUUCAUCACUAGUUGUUCUCGUCUGCGACAAAAAUGUGCUCAGGACGUUGGAUUAUCUUCACGAUCGUUGUUCAUCGAAGCGUUGGUCGGACGGUGGUCGGGAGAGAAAACGAAACUGAUUCGUGUCGCCUGGGGUGCUCGGGACUCUUGUCAAUUAAGACGUCGAUAGGGACUAAAAGAGUUGGAAAUGUUUUCACGGUGCAGACCGCCCAUCGUCGCCGAUGCUAACGCAAGACGAGAACGUGAGGAGCAUUCCUGUGGACUCAGGGGGGGGUCGUCGAUCAGCGAAUCGAUGUCCCAGGUCGGUGAGAUUCGCAGUGUCGCUGGGAAAACUGCUUCGUCUUCGAGCGAGUGACUACAGUGAGCUUUCGAGAACAGGAGGGACUAGAGAAUGAGUGAAUGUAUGAGCGGGAGAGAAAGUGAUAGAGCGUGAUUGAGAGUGAAAAAAAAAGAGAAAGAGUAUGAAGGCUCUUUCAAACUAUCGACUUUUCCCCGCACGAGAACCAGUUCGAGGACCAGCUUUUCACGGAAAAUUGCUUUAUUCCGGUCGUCCGUUUCUGGAUCGUAGAACAAUGCUUUUUAACACCCCCCGCCAGGCCUCUAUGAACGCUCGCGCGACGAAGGUACGAUAGUUAGAAGAAGUCCUAAAGCAUUGGUCUUAGAUAUUUUCACAAUCAACAUUAUAUAUAUUAUUGCUACCAUCGCCAACUACUGUUAACGUUACUAUUAUUACACUCACCGCUGCUACUAUUCUCAGCCUUUAGUUUUUAUUAUUUUUAUCAUUAUAAUUAUUCUUAGUAAUAUUAUUAUCACGAUUCAGCAUCAUAGUGGUCGUGUUACAUUAUUAUUCUUAUAGACGUUGCUAUGGCAGAGUACGAUUGCCAUCGUCUCGACGUGCCUUCUGAACGUCGCUCGAGACCGAUCGUUUUGGUUUCUUAUUUAAUACAACCCCGUGUGAUUACGUAGUACGAAUCUUUGUAAGCCCAGGCCGUAGUUGUUUAGAUUCUACAAUUUUUCGCUUUCCUCGGUUCUUCUUCCUUCUUGCUCGUGUCCUUCCUUCCGCGUUGCAGUUGCAAACGCCAAAACGCGUGUCGCCCGGCCGAUCUUCUAGACGCGCGUUCCCUCUCGUUUGUUACUUUCGACAAUAACGCUUGGAUAUAACGUUAAAUAGCGUGUAAGCCGAGCGAAAGCGCAGAGCCGCAGCGACUCAUUAGCCGUGUAUGUAUAAUGAUUACAAUAAUUGUACGUAUUACCAAAGAAAAGCGCGCGACGUUCUCCUCCCGCUCUGCGUAUGUUUCAAACGAGCUCACGCACCUCUUCACGCAGCCAGCCUUAAAGGACGAUACGUUUUUUGAUACGUUUAGACUUAGCGUGUUAACCGUUUCUACCGAGUUCGAACAAACAAGAGAAUUGAGACAUCGUCCACGGGCAGUCGCGACGCGCGCGCAACGUCAAACCAGAUGUACCUAGCUAGCAAGCUGUCAUACCCAAGCGUAACGCUCGUUUUGCAACACAUCGUGAUAGUAUUUCAAAUACUGAAAUGAUAUUUCGUUUUAGGUGUAGCCACGGAACAAGUUAGGAGAUACUUAACGUUAAAUUUUUAAGACACUUGACAGGUAAACGCGUGUUCCUUUCGUACGCGAGUUUACAUCCCAUUCGAACACAGAUUUUAUUCAUUACAUGUAUUCAGCAAUGAAAUUUUUAAAAGUAUACACCAGUACCAUGUCAAAAGCGAGUGUCACGUUUGGGCGUGUCGUCUUGUACAACUAAUUUCCUUCGAAACAGACUCGUUCGUCCCGGAAGCGGCCCAACGAGAUGCCGCGCGUAUAGCAAGCAAGACUAGUUGGAUUCCUAACCGUAUCGACGACAAGAGUACAAGCAAAGUUACUAUGUUAGGUUGCGUAGCGUUCUAAGGGACAGCGACAGAGUUUUAGAGGCUUUUAUCAGUGUUAACGACUAAAAAGAAAUUAUUUGAGGGGCUCUGUAGCCAAACAGCACUAGUCUGUCCGAUCUUGCCGAGCUUGGCCCGAUCCGACACCACUUGGUUGCCGAAACCCCUCAUUUGUUAUGGACUAAAACGAUUUAUAGAACCUCCUGGGCAUCUCGCGCGGCCGCUUCGCCGAUGUCUCUUAGUUUUAACGCGCGAUCCGCGCCGUGAUCUGCCCCCGGCGAGUCCGUCACUGCCCCGUUGUAACAUGAACAAUCGAGACGACGGGCCGCGUAAUGACAAUGGCGCAUCUCGUCGCGUGGCCCGUCGACCACGAGGAUCCUCUCUAUGUAAGAUCACUUUAUUUUCGUACAGCAGCGAGACGCGCCAAAGGGCGGCGACGUUUUUUAUCCCCCUUCACCCGGCCCCUGGAACGCGUCGCGGAUCCCUGCGACCUAGCGGACGAGAAACGAGCGUCCACGAGGCCGUGCCUUAUAAACAUUUAACGACGCGUCUUGUCGUGCAACGUUGCUCACCGAGCUUUCUUAUCGAUCUACGGAGAUCGCCCUGGCCAGAACUCCCCUCGUGUCAGUUCUGACGGUCCCCAAUGCUACGCCUCCACUCCGUCGUGCCUCGUCAGAAGGCGUUGUCGCGUGUUCGUGCGAACGCAAACGGGUGAACGAGCAACUGUGAUUCAGGUAGUCGUUCGAAACGACGCAUCGUUAGGGUCAAUCUGUCUGGUCGACGACCUAGUUAUAACCAGCUUGUGGAUAGCAAAUACUGUAAUUUGUAAUACGUCUGCUCGACGAUGCGUUUGUACGAAGUCUGGAUGAUGCUGGAGUUGAAACUAGAAUCGGGACUAUUCGUCGAAUCGUUGUCUCGGUGGCGAAUGUAAUUCGAAUACUAUUCAGAUAAUCUGGAUAUUUGUCAAGCUCUUUAAGUUCAUUUUUAAGGUAUGAAAUACUCGAAUGUUAAGUUAUGCGAAUAGUCACGGCUCUAGUUGAGAGUAGGUUGAGUUUCUAAGACUCUAAGGCCCUUGUCAGUUCAUUGUCAGU